GGUACGGCGGUUGCGGCAGCGGUGUCGCCUGCGUCAUCGUCCUGGAAGAGCAUGCCAUUAUCAUCUGCGGAUCAGGGGCGUGGGUACCGGCAAGAGGUCUAUUGAUGGGCGUGACCAAGUACCGUAUCCAAGGUGUUUGGGGUGUCGUCUGCACCGGAUCUAGCAGUUGAGAAGAGGGAUUAGAGGUUCCCUGGGCUACAUUCCUAAUCCCUUUGACCUGCAUGCAUCCCGCAAAGCCCAGAUCCCCAAAUCCUUACCAUCCAUGAGGGCUGCCUCAUCGUCGAGACCAUCACCGUCCGCCCCAACACCUGCCCUUGCGGCAGCUGAGGAGGGCCCAGGGUCGGUUGCGGCCGAGGGUGCAGCAGCAGCGACGUUCUCAGCGACUGCAACAGGUGCCGGUGCCGGCUCCGGCGCAGGUGCCGCGUCGAGGUCCGUAACGCUAAAAUCCUUGAAGAAGUCAUCAUCGUCGUCAUCCAUCAUAAAUUUUGCAGGCUUCUUGGCCGCUGGCUUGGGCGCGGGCCUGCGUGGAAGCACAAUGGAACGCUUGUUGCGGUUAUGUGCGGUUCUGUCUUUUAGGCAGCGCUCUUGGAUUUAUGCUUUGCUAUAUAAUACUCCACGGUGUCGCUGCUUGUGGUAUCCUUAUUUAGAAAGCCCAAUAAGCAGUCAACCAUGGGGAGAACUUACUUGCUUGCCGCAGGUCCCCCUCCACCAGCGCCGCCCUUGAAGAUGUUAUCAUCGUCUGAAAAGGUGUAGGAAAAGCCGAAAGGUGAGAAACAUGGCAACAGUAGCUUUGUCGGAACAGGAAUCCUGCGAGAGGUGCCUCACCGUCGUCAAAGAACCCCAUCGUCAAGUUGGGCUAUCAGCGCUGUAAGCCCCGUUUAAGCUAGGUUUUGCGUUUACUAAAGGAAAACAAUGGCCUUGGAAUCCUAUGCCAAGUAGGAAAAGGCGCGAUGGUUGUAGUACAGCGAAAUUCUUCCUGCAUGACCCAUGGGCGCUCGGCCCAGCAGGAGGAAUGCAUUACGUUCCAUGGCCCACAACUUCAGCCAACGUUCCUCAACCAACAUGAAUCAGUAGAAUAAUACGCGUAUGCGCUGUCUGCGUCUGGCAUCUGCCGUCCACGCCUGAACUUGCGAGACGCGCGCCCAAGUUUGAACGCCUUCCAGCUCUUCUUCCAAGCUACCUGACCAUCUGAAGCCCUGCAGAAGGGCUGGUUCUGUCCAGACCUUCAUGAUCUGUGGCUCCUGCGCUUGGGCCUGACCGGCUUCCAUGUUUACCUAAGAAGCGAGCAGGUACGCCCUUCACUUUACGCCAUUUCGUGUCCUUUGCGGCCCUUUCCCAGCCAUAUUCGUAAACUAGCUAGCAAGCAAAGCACCCUGCUGAUAAGGCAAGGGCAGCUCAAAGCAAAGCACCUUGGCGUAUACUUCCCUCCUUCUUCGUAUGCUUUUGGACAUUUCAGGGGGAGCUUUCGGCGCGCUGACGCAAGCGCAACGCCGCGCUUUUGUCGGAGCAGACCAUGCAACAACAACUUGGCCCAAGCUUUCAAGCCUUUGGUCAAGACGGCAACACCGGGCACCCCGCUGCUCAUCCCCAAAGUUUCCAACCUUACCACCACCAUCACCACCAGGAAGCAUCCUCGGCGGCGCCAUGUCAACAUCACCCAACAACCCAACAUCCCAGCUCCGACCCAAAUCCAAAACCAAAUCCACAGCUGUACGGCGUUCCGUACGGAGGAUAUCUCGGCGGUACCGAUCUGGGUCAGCCCCAGCCCCAUCCGCAUCCCGCCUUACCACCCAGCACCGCACUCUAUUCGGGCGCCGACAACAACCUCUACAGUCGUUACUUCGCCGCUCUGGCACCUGCAGCCGCCUAUGCCGCCCCGGCGCUUCCAGCACCUCUAGGGCUACCCAUCAAUGUCGGCCAGCAAUGGCAAACACCGCGUGACACUAGCCGCGGCGGCACCGGCGGUGACGGAAGCGGCGGCGGCAACAGCACCGCGCAUUGCUGCAGUACAACAGUACAACCCUGGCACCCUCUUCCACCUUCCCUGCCCCUUCCUCUUCCUCAUCCGCCACACCAGCAACACGCCAGCUCAGCCGUCAACAGCGGUCCUAACGCCGCCGUUGCUGCCGUUGACGCGGGCCUUACGCCUCGAUACAUGGUGCCGCUGCAGCUGCCGCCGCCGCCGCCGCUGCAGCCGUACGACAGCUCCGGUCCUCACGGGACCUCCAGCGACCCUCCCGGCGGCAAACCCAGCGCCUCUAGCGGCCAGGGCGUCGUCUCAACAAACGUCUCAAACGCCGGCAACCGAUCGACACUCGCCACACCGUUUCCUACCCCUGCACCUGCACCUGCUCCUUCUUCAUCCGGCGGCGGCGGAGCUUUAGCCGACGCCUCGUGCCCUCUAGCGGGUUUACUUAACCUGCGUAGCCCCGUACCGGCUCCUGCGAACCCCGGCAGCAACCGCAACGCCCGCACUCCCUACUCGUACUCCUUCUUGCCGUUUGGCAGCGCCGGGCCGCCUACCACCGCCGCAGUCUCAAUCACAGUACCCGCCGGCACCGUCCUUCCGAUUCCUGUCAACGCGUCGUCCGGAUUCUUCGCCGCGGCGGGCCCUGGGAGAGCUGCAUGUGCUACGCAUGCCCUGCAACGUCAGCCGCAACGACAACAGCAAGCCCAAGCCCGAUUAGGAGCCACCACCCCAGUUCCGACGCCUGGUAGUUGGUCCGGUGUUCCUGAGCUUCCCUUUGGCUACCCGCUUACCUGCCAGCAGCAGCCGCAACCGCCACAACAGCAACCGCAGCAGCAGCAACCGCAACGCCCGCUCCAGCCACAGCCCCAACCACAGCUGCAACAGCAGCAGCUGCUGCUACAGCGGCGACCAACCCCGCAGCCGCAGCCGCAGCCGGGGCCCCCACCACCGCCUCAACGAGAGCCACCGCAGCCGCCGCUGCCGCCGCUGCCACAACUGGGACAAGCGCCUGACCAAGCACCCUAUCAGUGCGCACCUCAACACCAGAGCCAGCAGCAACAGCAGCAGCAGCAACCACAACAGCGGCCAGUAGCGCAUGCCUACGCUGCCCCACCAGCCGCCGCAGCCGUCCCUGGGUUGCCCAUUGCACUGCAGACGGCCGCGUACCCGCGCCAACCGGCCGUUAACCCACACCACCAUCACCUCGACCAACAACAGCAGCAACAGCAGGAGGUGCGUCCUUAUUACCACCAGGAGCAUCAGCUGCAACAGCCACAGCAGCUGAGACCCCAGAUGCAGCACCAACAGCAGCACCCGCACCAGCACCCGCAGGCCAACUACCCCCACCACCCCCACCACAACCCAGGCGGCACGGCCCCGUCAUGCGAAACCCACCAUCCCCCGGGACCUCAGCCGCCGCAACCAGGCUUUGAAAGCGGCCCCGGCCCCGUACAGCACCAGCAGCCGGCAUUGCAGCAGCAGCAUCAGCAGCAUCAGCAGCGACAGCAACAACAGCUACAGCCACGCUGGAGCUACUUUGCUGAUGUGGCAGAUGCAGCCGCAGCCGCAGAAUCGGUCCCGACUUCCGCUACCGCCGCUCCUAACACUGCUGCCGCGGACAACGCCGCUGCCACUUUCAACCCAGAAGCCGCCGCAACUACAGGGACUGGAAACCCCGCAACGGCCGGGCGCACCGCGUCCCUAGCCUUGCCGUACUUUGCACCUGCUUUCAGC